UUUGAAGAAUUUCCCGAAAUAUCAAAUCCACCCCUCUUCUCAAUAUAGAAAACACAGAUAUAUACUGUUUUCAUAUACGAACAUACAUAUAUGUAUCGAUUCUCCAUUCAGCUUUGACGAUCAAGCGAAAACUACGAAUUUGCAAUGAAUGGAUAUCUGAACUCUCUCUUGAUCCAGGUGUCGGAAGAAAGUGGAAAUUAACUUGGUUUCAAUCAGUGUUAGUGUUGGGGAUAGCUGUAUAUAAUUGCAGGUUUUGGGAUUAGAUAGCUGCUGACUGUACUGAUGUUGUAUAAUUUGUGGUUUGGUUUGACCAACUUGUAAUUGAAUAUUCUGAUUUGGUUUGCUCUUGGGAUUAAUUUGGAAAUCUGUUGUAUAAGAUGGUUUGAAUCCAGUCAUGAUUGAGGCCGUGCUGUAUUAAGUCUAUUUAGGUGAAACAGAUUUGACAGUGGUGCAGAAUAUUGGGUUUGUUGGUGGGUUGGGAGUUGUUUUACGCAGUAUUGCAGAAUGAGCUUGGAGACUGAUGGUGGGAGCUCCACAGAUUGUGCUUCGGAAACUCAGAAGAGUUCAAGAAAAUCAUAUUCAAGAGAGGUUCUGUUGUCAAUAAGUCAACUGGAGAUUUGCAAGAAGUUACCUAGUGAAUUUAAUGAGCCAACCCUGAGUGAACUUGAAGACACUUCACAUGGUAUACAAGACCGCCAAAGAGUACCUGGCAGCUUACCUUUGCAAGGGUUUAGACGCACCGACUAUAGUUCAUCCCCACCUACUCGUGGGGAUUCCAGUAGUUAUUCACGAGGCAAUUAUGGAAGAUGGGAAAGCCGUUCGUCUGGAUGGGGUGAUCGAGAUAACGACGCACAAUCUGAUCGGGAUUCAGAUUCUGGUAGGAGAUAUGGCAAUCAAGCUCAGCGCACUUCGCAGAGUUCUGAGCAUGAUGGGCUUCUUGGAAGUGGUUCAUUUCCGAGGCCGUCUGCGUAUGGAUCUGGAACAUCUGCACCUAAGGUCCAAGCAAGCAAUAACUAUCAAUCUAACAAGACCAAUGAGCCAUAUCAUCCUCCCCGCCCUUAUAAGGCAGGACCUCACCCUCGAAAAGACACUGAUGCAAUCAAUGACGAGACUUUUGGUUCAGUUGAGUGUACCAGUGAGGAUAGAGUGGAAGAGGAAAGAAGGAGAAGAGCUUCUUUUGAGUUGAUGAGGAAAGAACAGCAUAAAAUUCUUCAAGAGAAGCAGAAGUCAAAACUGGAGAAGCAUAAAACUGAGGACAUUAUAGUACAGCUGGAAGAUAAUAAGGAGGAUAGAACAGUUUUGGAAAAAAAUAGUGAAGUAGAUGGGAUGACCACCCAACCUUCAGCAAACAGUGAUCUGGGAAGAACUUCUUUUCCUUCACAGAAUCCACCAGCUAGACCGCGUGUACCCCCCGGCUUUAAAACCACUGUGUUGGAUAAGAACUCUGGCUCAAAUUUGAGCCAUUCACGCAUGACAGAGGUUGGAAAAUCUGAUACCGAAGAAAGCCUAUUGGAUGUAAAAGCCUAUGCUGCCCCAAAUGGUACUGUUCAUAGUGUAGAGAGACAGAGCUUGCAAGAAAUUAGCUCGAGUUAUAAACUUGAACGUAGGAGUUCACACACAUCAAUUUUGAAGAAGAAUGACCAAAUUUCUAAUCAGUCAGUGAGAUCAGAUACUUCUGACAGGAUACUUGGCAUGGAAGAUCAUUUCAAUCAGAGAUCAACUCUUUUAGAGGCUCAUGAAGCCUUACAUGAGCCUGGAAUUAUUGAACACAGUACCCAGCAAUCUGAUAGGAAAUUUGCUAAGUCUAGCCAAGACCCUUCAGCAUCAAUCUUGGAUAAGAUAUUUGGAAAUGUUAUACCAAUUAAUGUUGGUGACUCUGAGGCUCCAGUUAUGAAUCACGAUAGUAAACCAAAUGACAUGUUGGGCUCCAAGGCUAUACAGUCUUCGAAGUUCGCUCAGUGGUUUAUGGAAGAAGAUAGGAAGACAACAGAAGACUCCUCGUCAAGUAGGCCAAAUGAUUUGCUUGCGUUAAUUGUUGGUGGCGAUAAAUCCAGAUCACAAGCUUUUGAUGGAAACGUUUCAAAAAGCUUUCCGUCUGAAUUUUUCGAUCAUAGUCCUGAGCCUACAAGUAAGGUCACAUUGCAUAUGCCUUCUACACCACUUGGGCUCCCUGAGCCUAUGCAUGAUUCUAGUAAAAGGGAGGCCACCCUGCCGAUCCUUACUUGUGAGGACCUUGAGCAUAAAAUGUUGUCAGAGUAUAGUGAAAAGAAACCUAAUCUGCAGCCUACUUCACAAGUUUAUGGUACUAAUCGCUUAGACACUGUAGAACAACCGGUAAAUGUGGACAGCAAUGCAUCUCAACACCUCCUCUCAUUAUUACAGAAGGGGCCAGGUCUUACAAAUAUGGAAGGGAAGGGCAGUACUGGCACUGACGCCCGGGAUGGACAUGAUGAGUUUACUGUGCGUGACAGAUCUAAGGAGGAAACUACCAGGGAUUCUCACGCUCCAGGAAAAGCAGUUACACUUGAAACCCUUUUUGGAUCUGCUUUUAUGAAGGAGCUGCAAUCCGUACAAGCUCCAGUUUCAAUUCAGAAGAACUCAGUUGGUCCUGGAUUAAUUGAUGAUUCAGAGACACGCAAGUCAUCCUUGCCUGGUUUUGAUGAUGGCCUAUUUUCUUCCAUAAUUGAUGGUAUUGGACCAAAAGAAGGUGGUAAGGAUAACAGACUCUUGCCAUUGAAUUACAGUGAUCAAACCAAGCUGGAUAAGCCUCAAAACUGGCUGGGAUUUGGAAAUUCUCAGUAUGAAGUUAAUUCAAGGCUCCAGAGUGAAAUGGUUUCCAAGAGUGAGGCUCCUGAAUUUCAUCUGCCUGCAGAAAACUUAUUUAGUGCUCGUGAUCAUUUGAAUCCCCAGGUCUCAAUGGUUAUGCCUGCAGGAAUUUUGAGUAAAGGAGAGUUGACAACUGGUAGUGUGUCUGGCGGUGAUGAAAGGUCCUUGAUGAGUCUAGAAGGUCUGCCUUUAUCGCGCGUUCCCUAUGAGCAGUCUGAAAUGCCAUUGCACCAUCGUCUUGCUCAACCAUCAUCUCUGCAGUUUCAUCCCUUACAAAUGAGCCAAGGAAGGCCAUUAUUUCAUCCAAUGGAUUCUGGUCCUGCUCAUUUAAAUCCUCAGAUUUUCAACGGUCGAGAGAGCAUGGCUUUACAUGAAGCUCCUGGUCGUCAGUUUGCUGGAAAUAUGAAUCGACCUCCAUUUCACCGCCCUAAUGGUGGGAUGACAGGGUUUGAUCUCCCUGCUCACCAUCCUAUGCUGCAGCAGAUGCAGAUGGCUGAAAAUAACCCUCAUCUGCUACAUGACCGUCUAAGGGGCGCACAGGUUCCUUCACAUCUCAGUAAUCAAGCAGCUAACAAUAUGCAGGAAGUUAACAGAGUUCAAGCUUUCCCUUUUGUGCCACACCAAGUCAACAUUAGUGGCCAUACUGUGCAAAUGCCAGAUCCAGAUAUCAACAGCAGAAACAAUCAUCCUGAGGCCAUGCAAAGGCUUGCUGAGAGGCAACUUGGGGCUCCUAAGCAGAUCCACCCUUUUGCUGGUGGCAAUGUCCAGGGGAUGUACAAUCACGAGCUUGACAUGGGAUUGCGAUACAGAUAGUUGAUCAGGGAGCGAGUCAGUAGCAACAUUUGCAACUGGGUACCAUGUUUUCUUUUCCCGGUUUGACUGAGAAUCCGCUGUUACAACUUUACCAUGUUGUACUGCCUUUACCAUCGAACCAAAGAAUUGGAAACCAUGUUGGCCUUCUGCUUUUUUGCAUGAGGGGCAGACAUAUACACUCAUGGGAAGUGGUGUAAUUUUAGAUUUUAUUUUCUUGUACUUGGUAGGGUUUAGGGUCUCAUCUUGUGCAUGCAUGGUUCAAUUAUUUUGCCUUUCAUAUGCCCCUUCUUCUGAA